GUCCAGCAGUCUCAGUCUUCUGGGACCUGUCACGUGUCGGCAGUGUUUGGUCAUCUCCUGUACUAUGUCCACGAUCUCUGAUCAUCUCCUGUACUAUAUCCUCAGCCACUGGUCAUUUCCUGUACUAUGUCCGCAGUCUCUGGUCAUCUCCUGUACUAUGUCCGCAGUCUCUGGUCAUCUCCUGUACUAUGUCCGCAGUCUCUGGUCAUCUCCUGUACUAUGUCCGCAGUCUCUGGUCAUCUCCUGUAGUAUGUCCGCACUCUCUGGUCAUCUCCUGUAGUAUGUCCGCACUCUCUGGUCAUCUCCUGUAGUAUGUCCGCACUCUCUGGUCAUCUCCUGUACUAUGUCCACAGUCUCUGGUCAUCUCCUGUACUAUGUCCGCAGUCUCUGGUCCUCUCCUGUAGUAUGUCCGCAGUCUCUGGUCAUCUCCUGUAGUAUGUCCGCAGUCUCUGGUCAUCUCCUGUAGUAUGUCCGCAGUCUCUGGUUAUCUUCUGUACUAUGUCUGCAGUCUCU